AUGUCUCCGUCCUCUAUCUUUUCUCGAGGGCUCUCUCAGCCCACGAAGCUCCUCCAAAGAUCUUUAUAUAGAGGCGCGCUGCCUGCUCGGCAGCCGCUUCUCAGCCGCCCAUCCCUACAAGCGUCACCAUCACCCACCACGGUCAAGCCCCGCGGGCUCCUUUCUCCAACACGACUGUUUCAAUUCCGGCCCUUCUCGCGACAACAUCAACGCCUCAGCUCGGCACCCGGGCCGACAUCGGCGGCAAAGAAAGAAGGUGGCUCGUUGGGAGAUCGACUGCGCAAGUUGACGCAGGAGUAUGGCUGGGCAGCACUGGGUGUCUACCUGGCACUCUCGGCUUUGGAUUUUCCUAUAUGCUUCCUAGCGGUUCAGCUCCUCGGUGUCGAGCGAGUUGGCCAUCUUGAACAAGUGGUGGUCAAUUCCCUGAAGAGCAUAUUGCCAUCCGUUUGGCCAAAGGCUGCAGAGGAUGCGCCAGAUCCGGAUGGCGCAUUGGAAAAGCGACGUGACGAGGCCAGUAAGUUUACUUUCCCGCCUGGUAUUUGGCCGUGGCUCACAGAGUUCCCAGGCAUAUGGACCCAAUUGGCCUUGGCCUACGCUAUUCACAAGAGCGUUUUCAUCUUCGUUCGAGUCCCAUUGACUGCCGCGGUGACCCCUAAAGUCGUCAAGACUCUACGUGGCUGGGGCUGGAACAUCGGGAAGAAGAAACUUAAGAGCCCGUAA